UAUUCAAUUUUUUAUUAUGAUUUUGAAUUAACUUAAGUAAAUAAAGGUAUAUCAUGGCAAUUAUACAUUUUGAUGGCUUUUUUAUUUUAUUGACUGUUGUUUAACUUAAUAGCUUUAUUACCUACAAUAAUAACAGGGUUCAUUCUGUAAAUAUCACAAUAAUCGGAAGUACGCUGCGAUGACAUUUACCGAACGAAAUUGUAUCAUAUUGAGGAAACGAAGCAAAAAUCGAAGGCUUUUCACGACCACUCUUCUCUCAGUUACUUCAUUGCAUUUCGGACGAGCGGCAAUGUGAAAAGCUCUAUUUUAAAGUAAACUCCGAACAUUCCGUUCUGUUGAAGAAUUUUAUAAAAAUUGUAACAAUUUAAAGUGACUUUUAUAUCUUUGUUGUCGAAAUGUACCAGUAUAUUGAUAAUGACCGUGCAUUCCAAUAAAAUACACUGCGACUAGAAUAAAGCACGUGUACUCUGCAUAAAUAUAUAAAUAGUGUUGUGAAAACGCGCCCAAUCCUACGUACGACUAACAGGCUCUCUAGCAAGCACCGUUUACUUAGUUAGGCACCCAUUAUCUUGUGGUUCGGACACUCGCCUUGCCGGAAUAACAAUCGGAACAAUAGAACGAUUUAAAUAAAUUCUUUUUUUAAGUCCUGGCUGAAUGUGAUCGUUUUUUUUUUCUAUAUCAUUUUUCAUAUGUCAUAAAUUAAUUGGCGGGAAAGUGGUGUAAUUGAUUACAAUUAAGUUACAAAAAUAUAUUUUGAAUUCAUUUACUUGAAAUAAGUUUAUGUUUCUUGUAGUGCUUUAUUUCUGUGCAAGAAAAUGAAAUAAUAAAGUUUCGGAGUAUCAUUGGAGGACACGGAUUUUUGUUGAAAGAUUAAAAAGACGUCACCAUGCCGGAAACAUCAGUGAUAUUUGGCACCAAUGAAAAAUGGCGUAUCAACAGGAACAUCUUAGUUCUCGGCUUCGCAUUUAUGGUGCAGUUCACAGCCUUCCACGGGACGGCCAAUCUUCAGAGCUCUGUGAACAGCGACGCAGGCGCAGGGGCGUUUACUCUCGCGGCAAUCUACUUCUCUUUAAUACUUUCUAAUAUAUUGUUACCGACAGUUAUCAUUAAAUGGCUGGGCUGCAAGUGGGCCGUGGCGGUAUCUUUCAUUGCGUACAUGCCUUUCAUAGCUGCCCAGUUGUACCCUCGCCUCUACACCCUGGUCCCAGCGGGGAUGAUGGUCGGUUUCGGCGGAGGUCCACUAUGGUGUGCUAAGUGCACAUACCUUUCUGUGGUAGCAGAACCUUACGCCAAGUUGUCAGGAAUAUCAGCAGAGGUGCUGGUUGUACGGUUCUUUGGGCUGUUCUACAUGUUCUACCAGAUGGCACAAGUGUGGGGUAACCUGAUAUCCUCCGCCGUAUUAUCUUCCACUCUCGGCGAAGAACCGCGACUGCUGAACGAGACGACCCCUAUAUCGGCCGCUUUGUUUACUAACGUAACAAGUGCUCCCUCUGUGGAUGUCGCCGCUACUUGCGGCGUCAAUUUCUGCAGUGCUACUGCUUCUCACGAAAACGUGAACCUAGAGCCACCAUCACCGUUUAAGAUUCAGGUGAUAGCUGGUGUGUACUUGGCGUGCAUGGCCUUCGCCAUAUUCCUGGUGGCCGUCGGAGUUGACUCCUUGACUAGGUACACAAAAGGUCGUAAGACAGCAUGCACAGGUAAGACGGGGCUCGCCCUCCUGGCGGUGACGCUCCGCCAGCUGCGGCACCGCUACCAGCUGCUGCUGCUGCCCGUCAUCGCCUACAUCGGGGCUGAACAGGCCUUCAUGGCGGCUGACUUCACACAGGCGUUCAUAGGAUGUUCAUACGGCAUCAGUAACAUUGGUUACGUGAUGAUCUGUUUCGGUGUGUUCAACGCUCUCGCCGCACCCAUCGCGGGAGCACUCGUCAAGCUCACAGGACGGUUCCCUGUCAUGGUCACAGCACUACUACUGAACGUGUGCCUGCUGUCCUCGCUGCUGUGGUGGCGGCCGCGCGCGGGGGAGGGCGCGCCGCUGUUCGCGCUGGCCGCCGUGUGGGGGACUGCCGACGCCGUGUGGCUCGUGCAGGUCAACGCAUUAUCCGGCAUCCUAUUCCCGGGAUCUGAAGAGGCCGCGUACGCUAACUUCCGCCUGUGGGAGUCCACCGGCAGUGUGCUGGCGUACGCGACCGCGCCAUACCUCUGCGUGAGGACCAGGUUAUACAUCCUCAUGGGCUUCCUCUUGAUCGGCUUCACUGGCUACAGUACUAUAGAGCUGAUGGAGUACAGAGUGAAGAAAGCUCACAACCAGGAGAGGAACUUCGAAUUAGUUCAUAAGAAACCAGAACAAGAACCUUUACAAUCAUAAGGGUUCCUUAAGUGAUAUUGUCAUAGUGCUUGGGUUGACUUCGUUCUUUUCAGUCUCAUUUUGAAUUGUUAUAAUAGAAAACUGUUUGUAGAAUUUUUCUUUUUAUAAUAUAAUAUUGUUCUAAUAACAAGAAUACGCAACC